AUGCACUCGAGUACUGCAUCGCUUACAUCUACGGGUUUGCUGGCAGGGCUGUAUUCAUAUGGAAUUGGCCCUGGACAGUGUUUCACCUCUCCAUCGGACCCAUCAAAGCUGUUCCUCACUGUUGAAUAUACCCGUUCUGCAUUGGCUGCCCUCGUGGUCUUCGAGGGUUGUGGUUUGUAUGACAUCAAGCGUGUAUUGCAUGAGACAGAACUUGGUGCAGAUAAUCGGUCAAAAGAACCAUUCUCUGCUCACCAGGUCAAGCUUGAAAAAGCACUUCGGGACUUGACCAGACUGCCCUUAAAGGUCGAUGGUGAGACGAUGGAGUCCUUUAGCGAUGUGCUAUUGCUGGGUGAAUCAGCGGGUGAUCCGCUUCUACGUGAAGCGCUCAAAGACGUUUUGAGCAAGCAGCGGCAGUCCGAUAAUCUUCUCGCUGCAGCAGUUGAUAGACUCAAAGGGACAAUCGAUCCAGUGUUUGCAGGUGCCACUAGCGCCGCACAUCGCGAUUUGGAACAAGCGACGAACUCGGCUCUUAAUCCUGAUAACCUGUGUCAGGCCCCGGUUUGA